UUGUUUUUGCUUUUGUUUUUGUUUUCUUCCCCGACGAUGAGAGAGAAUAAAGAAAUCGAGGAGAGAGAGAGACAAGACAUAAGUAAUAACUUUCUGAGAGACACCACCACCACCACAGCCUCCACCACCUCUCGCUACUUUUCUCCCUCAGAAACCAAAACCGUAUCUCGCUUCACCAAGAAAAGACCAAGACGACCACCAACACGAAAAUGGUAUCAUCACUCACCUCUCUCUCCUCUUCCCCUUUUCCAUUUCAUUGUUCGUCUCUGUAUUCUCUCCAUGGUGCCACCCCAAUGCUCUCCUGAUUUCUGAGUCAUAGUCGUUUCCAUCUCUGUCGAGAAACCACCCUUUUCCUGUACCUUUCCUUUUCUUGAAGCAGAGCCGCAAAUGGUUCCCUUCCGGUUAAGUGGCGUCGUUUUGUUAGUCCUUGUUUGUUGUUUACUGCCGCCGUUUUCCCUCGGGAUUCGGUCGUUUCCGACCAUGUUUGAUGUCGUCGAUGGCUCUGAAAUGGUGUUCGACGGUUUGCCUCGAUUCGCUGAAGCGCCGGACUACCGCAACGGAGCAGGGUGCCCUGUUUCGACCAAUAGAAGCGGCGUCGCAUUGCGCUGUGAGCCUUCUCUGGUUCACAUAGCCAUGACUCUUGAUUCCGGGUACCUCCGUGGCUCCAUCGCCGCCGUCCAUUCCGUUCUGAGACACUCGUCCUGCCCCGAAAACGUCUUCUUUCACUUUAUGGCGGCGGAGUUUGAUUAUGCGAGUCCUCGGGUCCUGACCCGAAUAGUCCGAACCACCUUCCCUUCCCUCAAUUUCAAGGUCUACAUUUUCAGAGAAGACACCGUUAUCAACCUCAUCUCCUCGUCCAUUCGCCAGGCCCUCGAGAACCCGCUGAACUACGCAAGGAACUACCUUGGCGACAUCCUCGACCCGUGCGUUGAUCGGGUCAUCUACCUGGACUCAGACAUAGUCGUCGUCGACGACGUCCACAAGCUCUGGAACGUGACGCCGUCCGGGUCACGGGUCAUUGGAGCACCCGAGUACUGUCACGCCAACUUCACCAAGUACUUCACCGACACUUUCUGGUCAGACCCUGUUCUUUCACGUGUUUUCGCUUCUAGAAGGCCCUGUUACUUCAACACAGGCGUGAUGGUGAUGGAUUUGGUGAGGUGGAGGGAGGGGAAUUACAGGAAGAGGAUCGAGAAUUGGAUGGAAUUGCAGAGGAAGAAGAGGAUUUACGAACUGGGCUCGCUCCCUCCUUUCUUGCUGAUUUUCGCUGGGAAUGUCGAAGCAAUUGAUCAUCGGUGGAAUCAACACGGGCUGGGAGGAGAUAAUGUGAAUGGAAUAUGCAGGUCGUUGCAUCCAGGUCCUGUGAGUCUUCUUCAUUGGAGCGGGAAAGGGAAGCCAUGGGCGAGGCUUGACGCGAAGCAACCAUGUCCACUGGAUAGUCUGUGGGAGCCGUACGAUCUCUACAAACCACCACAGAGACACCAGAACAGUGCGAGGGAUCAGGCAUGGAGGUUCUCAUCUUCGAUAUUGGUUGGAUAUGCUCAUGAUUUGUUGUGAUGAACUGAUUCUUUUGAUAGGAUUCUUUGGUAGCAAGCAGUGUACAGAACUGGGAGAUUGAUUCAUGGUCUUUUCUUCAUUCUUUUCGCUUUACUGUAAUUUUAAAUUCCUGUGAUUUGUAGGGAUUAUUGUUAGAGUUGAAUUCUUAUUUUAUUUUCUGGGGAGGUUCCAUCUGAGGAACAAUUUUGCUGGGCGGUGGGUGGGGUUGAGUUCAGUGUAUGGGACCAUUGGAUUGAAGGCGAAGGAGGAGAAUAACGAGACAGUUGUUCAUUGUUGUUACUUGAAUUCAUUACCUUUCAUAUGUCUUGUCUUGCUCUUCUACUCACAGCUACUGAAUGAUGCAGCCUUUUCAGUGUCACUUGUAUGCUUUCAGAUUCAAAGAGCAUAUAUCAUCAUCAUAUCGUACUUAUAAGGUACUCGUUGUACGUAUUUUUAGUUUUUACUGGUUAAAUUUGAAAAAAAAAAAAGUUAAUGGCAGAAGUGAGAAGUUUGAUUA